ACCUGACACAGCAAGACAGCAGCCAUUCCUGAACUAAACUGACUGAGGUAGAGAUGGAGUACUCCACCAAAACUCUUGCUGCUGGCUGCUUUGGGAAGAUCUACAGGGAGAAGUACAAUGACACCUGGGCUGCAAUCAAGAAGGUGCCACAACACUUAAUCAAUAGGAGAGACCUGGAGAGAGAGUGUCAAGUAUACAAUAAGGCAAUUCAUCCUAACAUAGUGAAGCUUCUGGGUAAUCCAACACUCAAGGACUCUAAGUGGAUCAUCCCCAUGGAGUUCAUCUUUGGAGAAGAACUGGAGACAACCAUCUUCAAAUCACAACAAUCUCAAAUACAGUUAACUCCAUCUGUAAAGGCCACCAUCAUCACAGGCAUGUGUGAAGGACUACUUCACCUACACAGCAAAGAUAUCGUCCAUCAGGACCUCAAGCCUGAGAACAUCAUGGUAGAGCAUGAUUCUCACAGAGCUGUGAUCAUUGAUAUGGGACUGGCCAAAUUCUUCCGCAAUGGCCUAAAUUCUGCUGUGGAUAUGGGCAACGAGGCCUACUCUUCCCCUGAGGUCCUGCAGAGGCGGGGCCAACGAGACCAGCGUUCAGACGUGUGGGCUAUGGGUAAAAUCAUUGCUGAACUCUGUGCCAGAGUCAGGCUGCACACCCCUAGUGUCUGUCCGGCUAUGAUCUAUGAGAUCCUCAGUCUCCAAGGACAGCAGUACUGUAAUGCUGUCUGUAGGAUGGUGCAGAGCGACCCCACAGUGCGAGCCACCAUGGCCGGGAUCAUGCCAGAGAUGCGAAGGGCAGGGGGAAGUGGCAACACCGGGGAGCAACAAAGAGGACAUCUUCCGACACCCUUUCCUCACACUGAGGUAAAAGACCCAUCGCCACGUCCUCAUGCUCCCCCGCUAUCAAGAGCUGAGUGCACAGCCUUGCCAAAGAUUGAGGUCAAGACGACACUGCAACCACAACCCAUACAGCGGUCACCUUCCCCGGCAAGAUGGGAGCAUGCAGCCUUGCCAAUGACUGAGGUCAAGAUGACACUGCAACCACAACCCGUACAGCGGUCACCUUCCCGGCAAGAUGGGAGCAUGCAGCUUUGCCAAUGA